CAUGUACGUUUACUUAUCUGAGAUGGUUUUCACUAUCUUCCCUAAGGAACAGUGGGUUGAGACAUUUUUGUGUGAAUAUACUUAUCUGUGGUUCUAUUCUGUAGUCCUGAGCAACUUAAUAACAUGAUUUGGACAGCCUCAGGCAAUCAUUGUUUAGUGUGUUGAAAGAAUGCGUAUAGACGUCAUGUGUGUGUUGCUCUGGUGAGAGCAGGCGUCUGUGACACUGAUGUUACAGAGAGUUUGGCUUUUAAGAUAUCAAGUGGUGAGUUACAAACUGUCUUAGCUUGCAGAACACUAUUGCAGUUAAUAACUUACAAAACUACUGAUGGCUUGCAGAGUCGAAACUCUAACCUUUUCUUAAUCUGUAAGAACUAGGCAUUUAAUGAAUUGCAAACUUUAUCAUUUUGGUUGUCCAUGCAUAUUACUCAAAAAAGUGAUAUCAAGAGACAUCUCAUCACAUACGCUAAGUUUGCCAAAGUUUUUAGUAAAUUACUAAUAAAUUAAUAGUCUAGGCCCACAUAACUCAGAAAAGAGUCUUAAGCACAGCUACCAUGUGGGCUUGAGUGUCUAAUAUAUCUUCAGCAGUGUAGUGAAUAACUCUGCCUGCAGAUUCCCUAUGUAACCUGCCAGUCCACUGGGGAUUAGGAACAAGAAGUUUAGGGAAUGGUGUCACUGGACCAGUCCUCAUGAACUCUUUGAGAUAAAUGUGCUUGUAACAAUCAUAGUCACAGGCUGCUUUCAUUGAUAGUAGGGCAGAUUAAUAUUAAUGUGGACAGUAGUGUUAAAGUAUGACCAUGCACUUUAAAGAGCAAAGUCCGCACUAAGAUAUAAAAGUGCAUGCAUACCAUCAGGAGGAAUGACACUUUCGUUUACUGUACCUGUUGAAAAUUUUCUCCAUUCAAUGCCACUCUCAAGUAAGGAUAUAUUAACUUUUGGUAAAAAAUCUGUAAUACUGCAAACUUGAUAGAUAUCAGUAGAUAAUGACAUGGUCAAACUAGCUUAAGGAACUGAAAUUGAAUUUUGUGAAUGGCAGAAAUGCUGAUAUUUUUAUGAACUGUAGGGAAGGUCUGUAGAGAUGUAAAUGCCCUGACCUGCAUGUCAAUGCUACGUCUAUAUUAGUAAACAAUGCUGAUUCUUUCUUCUGUAUGCAUAAGAAGCAAUGAAUCUAGUUUGGUGGCAUUCAUCGGCAAAGAACCGCCGAAUAACCUGAUAUAAAUUUUUGAAUUUAAAAAAAAAAAUGAAUUUCCAUGGCCGGGGUCAAGGUGUCAAGUCAUAUUUUUCAAAAUAGUUAACCAAGGGUUGGUGGAAUUAACAUUCAUUUCUGGGGUGCAGAAGUAAACACUCCAACAUUUCAAUGCCUAGCAAAUCACUUUCCAACUUCCUGAGAAAAUACAAAACUUUUAAAAGAAGAAUGAAAUAUUUCACGUUUAAUUUUGACAACACAUCCAACAGUGCUACACUGAAUCAAAUGGAUUUCUUAGUAUUCUAGAUUUUUUGGUAAGCAAGGAAAUCUAGCAUAAGAUGCAUAGAAAAAGCAGAUUUUAUUACAAGCAUGGCCAUGACAGUCACUGAGAACAACGUGGAUAUAUUAUCUUGUACUGAAGACUUUGUUUUUGACCAUUUUAAGCUUUGUCUUUCAGUGUUUAAACUGACUAAUGUAUACAGCAGUUAACAAAAGGAUUUGUCAACUAACAAUUGGAGAAAAGACUGGUUGAUAGAAAGAGGAGUAGCUACAGUGGGCCGUGCAGAAGCUGUAAGAGUUGGAAUCACUAGUACUGGAAGGUGCAAAAAAAACCUAGUAUGAACAGCACUCAACAUCCAGUGAUAGCAGUGCAUGGGGGUGCUUGGGCCAUUCCUGACACUGUGGCUGAAGCCAGUGUGACUGGAGUCAAACUGGCGGUGAAAGAAGGCUUCAGAAUUUUACAGCAAGGAGGAACAGCUGUUGAUGCUGUUGUUGCUGCAGUGUCUCUUAUGGAGGAUAAUCCAGUUUUUGAUGCAGGCAUAGGGUCUGUGCUGAACUCUGCGGGAGAGGUGGAGAUGGAUGCUGUGGUAAUGGAUGGACAGACACUCAAGGCAGGGGUGGCAUGUGUCCAGAACAUUCAACACCCUGUGCAGUUGGCUCUUCGGGUCAUGGAGAAGACAGAGCAUGUGUUAUUGGUUGGUAAGGGUGCCAAUCAGUUUGCAGCUGAACAGGGCAUACCCACUGUUGCUACUGACGUGCUGGUGACAAAGACAGCCAGAAAAGAGUGGGAGCGGUACAUGCAGUAUCAUGACACAAUCAUGGACCUCUUUUCUAAUAGAGAUAUAAACAGUGGCUGCGACACAGUUGGUGCCGUAGCCCUGGACAGUGCAGGCAAUACAGCCUUUGCUACCUCAACAGGUGGUAUCACUGCCAAACGACCAGGCAGAGUGGGCGAUUCACCCAUAAUAGGAGCAGGUGGUUAUGCAGACAGCCAGGUGGGUGCUGUGUCCAGCACAGGUCAUGGAGAAGCCAUCAUCCGAACAUGUUUAGCUCACCACAUCAUUAGUCUCAUGAAUGCAGGAAUGCACGCAGAGGAAGCAUCCCAAAUGGCACUGGAUCACAUGACCAAGAGAGUUCAAGGUUCAGGAGGAGUAGUGGUUAUCAGGGAAGGAGGGGAGGUAGCUGCAAAGUUCACCACAGAGCGCAUGGCCUGGGCAUGGAUCAAAGAUGGAUUCUUGCACUAUGGACUUGAUCCAGACCAACACAUGGAAGAAAAGUUAUGAAAGUGAUUUAGCUAUAAACUGCAGAACUACAACUCCUGCCUUGUAAUGCAUGUAUAUCUUACAAAGUUUUUCUUGUUUUUCUAGUAUUUUGAGGGAAACGCUGGUUUUACUAACACCCAUUUAAAACUUCUUGUAGAAAAAGCUUGUACAACAUUAAAGUGACUACCUUUGAAA